GGAGGCGGCGGGGCGCGUCUGUCGGCGGCGGCUGCUGCUGUGCCCGCCUCGCCGCCCGCUGUCCGCCGCCAGCCGCCGGGAAGCCGCGGCGCAUGGAGAUAACGGCCGCGCCUGUGUGCUGGGUUCUUUUCAUCUAUCUUCCUCUCAUCUCUGGAAGCUCCAUCCAUAUUGGACUAGGCAGCAAUUAUUCCAAUCUCUCUGAGCAGAGCAUCCUGCCAUGUAAGAAAGAGGAGCUGCAGUGCGGCGCCGGACUCUGCCUGCUGAACUGGCUGCGCUGUCGCUACAGGAAGGACUGUGGCAGAGACUACAUGUCCAUCAAACUGACAUGCUCAAAAGUUCACUUGAACCAGAGCAGCCCAAGCAGUGAGUUCCCCAGCUAUGGUGACAAUGGAAACGAUACCAGUUUACUUGUUUCACCUCUCCUGGUGGCUGGAGUAGUGAUUGGACUUGUGCUAUUUCUGUCCUGCAUUACAAUCAUCGUGGGCAGCCUGCGAAAGGAUGGCCGCUUAAGACACCCGCACCCCAGGAGAGAUGCUGUUUAUGCUCCAGAUGGCUUCUCCUAUGGUGGCUCUUUUGGAGAGCUGAGAUCCACCUGUAUGGAGGAGUUUCCCCCAGCUUUUGAUUUUGGUUCCUAUCUGGAUACACUUUCUCAGGUCAAUGUCAUGUAUCCUGAUUCACCUCCGUGCUACGAUGAAUGCGUGGGACCAGGAGCCACACAAAUCCAUAUCCCCACAGAUGAUCCCCCUCCAUACUCUCUCACGGACCCGUGCCAAAGAAAUGAAAUACCUCUGAACAGUAGCCUGGAAGAAGCAGCAGCAGCAGCUGGGACUACAGGACAGGCUGCACAUCACGCAGCCAGGCUGCAGGAGCUGCAGCAGCCCAUUUCCUCCAUCUCUGUGUCACCUCUGGCUCUGGAGGCUGCUCCCCGGUACGAGGCCGUGGUGUGUGAACAGAACAUCCCCAUCCCACUUGUGCCAGUGGAAGUACUGAAAAACUCUCCCACUGCCUACCAGACCCUUCUGAACCAAAUCAUGUGAACGUCAGUGGCUCUCUCCUUCAGUUACCCUGAAGAACUCAGACCAACAAACAAACAUUUCCAAGGAAGAAUAAACCCUCUGAAAGCUUUA